GUAAAUAAACCAAAGCGGUGUUUAUAAAUUCGCGUUUCAUACUCGUCAGGCUAUUUAAAGAGUCAAGAAAAUCUGAUACUCGGAACUCGGAAAAUGUGCAAGUAACCGAACCAUAGUUAAAUGAUCGCGUCACGAUUUUCAGAUCGUCAGUUCGUCGAGAUCAGCCGAGUCGAAUGGUUGACUGAUCAUUCGUCGACUCGUGUAUAUCGUGAUUAGUGUAACGAAACAGAGGCCCCAGUUCGUGGAGGGAUUAUCAGAGAAACAACGCGUGCGCCGCUUUCCUUCUACGAUUAAUGAUAUCAGGAACUCUUGAAAAAUCGUUUUACGUAUCUUUAAUCACCACUCAAAUAGACCAUUCGAAAAUAGAAUUUAUAUUGGAUAGUCUAUGGAAGGAUAAGCUCGGUCUAUUGACACUGUACCGAUCUGUCAGUCAAACUGUACGGACCUAUUGACGUCUUUUGCGUCAGCGUUGAGCAGUUUACCAGGGAUAGACAGACAUUUCUCUUCGAACAUGACUAAAUCGCAUCUAGAAAAGUGAAAAUAUUUUUUCCAGUCGGGGCCCAGUUGAUCAAGAUUAAAUUGGAUGCUGUUCUCCGGUGAAGUGCGGGCCAUCGUCCACGCGAGUUGAUCUCGUAACAAGUCUAUGUCGAUUUCAACAUCGAAUUAAUGCGUAAUCUUCAUCUCGUCGAUUUCUUGGUAUUUCGAAGGCAAUUGCAAAAUGAGAUUGUUACCUGUGGUGGUGUUUUGCGCGGUAUUGUCGGUAUGUUACGGAUACCGGAUAUUAGGGGUAUUUCCUUUCAAUGGGAAGAGCCAUUUCGUAAUGUUCGAGCGGCUGAUGAAGGUUUUGGCGAAGAGGGGUCACCAAGUUGACGUGAUCAGCACGUUUCCCUUAAAGGAACCGUAUCCUAAUUAUACCGACCUGAUCGUGCUUCCGACAGCGAGGGAUUUCAUGAACAAUUUGACCUACGAAGAAGUAAUGACGAAAUUCAGGACAUCGAUUCCAGCCGCUGUGGCCACGAUGGCAGGGAACGUUGUUUGCGAACAUUUGAACCACCCGGAGAUUCAGAAAUUUAUCCGUAAUCCGCCUAAUGACCCACCUUACGACCUGAUAAUCAUGGAGGUGUUUGGCGCACACUGUUACGCGAUACUGGGCGACAUCUUGAAGGUGCCAGUAAUAGGUGUCAGCACGUGCGUUCUUUAUCCAUGGAUUUCCGAUUACAUCGCGAACCCGGAAAACCUGGCGUUCGAGCCAACCAACCUCCUCUCCUAUCCUCAGAAAAUGAACUUCUGGCAGAGGCUGCACAACGUCGUGAACAACAUCUACGCGAAAUACGAAUUCAACUCGAUCACCAGCGAACAGACCGCGAUGUUGAGGAAGUACGUGAACCCGGAUGCACCUGACGUGAGGGAAUUAGAGAAAAAAGUAUCGAUGAUAUUGGUGAAUUCGCAUGUGUCGAUCAACGGAAUUAAAGACUCCAACCCUGCGUUCAUCGAAAUCGGAGGACUGCACGUGACAGAAGAAGGAGUCAAGUUACCGCCUAGCCUGGAGAAAUGGAUGAACGAGAGCACGCAUGGGUUCAUCUACUUCUCGUUUGGAUCAAUGGUGAAGAUCGAAUCCUUCCCGGCUGGCCAUAUCGAGAUAUUUUACAAUGCCAUGAAGAAGAUAGCACCUGUUCGUGUUCUGAUGAAGAUAGCGAAAUCGGAGGAACUUCCGCCUAACUUGCCCAAGAACGUCCUUACUUUACCGUGGAUACCACAGAUCAAAGUUCUCAAGCAUCCGAACGUGAAAGCGUUCAUCACUCAUGGGGGCCUCAUGGGUACUCAGGAAGCUAUUCACUUUGGUGUGCCUCUGGUCGGUAUACCGCUGUUUGCCGAUCAGUUUAUCAAUAUCAAGAACUAUGUUCGACACAACAUUGCGGUAGCACUGCACAUUGAUACUCUGAAUCAGGAGGAUCUGGAUCACGCCUUGAACGUUGUUCUACACGACCCCAAAUACCGAAACGCAGCACGGAAAUUGUCGAGAAGGUUCCUGGAUCGACCAUUAAGCGCAGAGGAGACCGCGGUUUAUUGGGUCGAAUACAUUGCAAGACACGGUGCAAAUGUCCUCAGAUCGCCAGCGAUGGACUUAACAUGGUGGCAAUUGUAUUUGGUGGAUGUUUACGUAUUUCUCCUAGUGGCGGCGCUCGCGGUGACUUAUCUUAUAGCGACUUUGGUGCAAUUUGUGUUCUACGUAGCUUACACAGGUUCCACUGUUCCGCGCAAGAAGAAGGUUUCAUAACUACUUUCUUUCCCCUACUUUAUGUUGAGUUGAUGAUGUGAAAUGUCGAUUCGCUUCUCCUCGAUUUUAUCGCUGGAUCCACUUUUAUCGAAGUAAAGGUAAAUUAAACAAACGACGUAUCGACGAGUAACGUUCAUUGUAACGACAAUUAUGUCCUAGAUUAACGAAUUAUGUAUUUUUAAUUUAUAUUUAAUUGCACUUAAUGUUUAUCCGUUUAAAAAUUAAAAUCAAUUCUCGCGUUUUGUUAUUAGAAGCGUGCAAGUACAAUGUGACGUAUCAGAUACACUUUCACCUCUGACAGACAUCAUGUCAAAUACGUUUUUGCGUUUCAGUAUUUCCGUGUUAUGGCCGAGUACGCUCGAAAAAUCAACAACAACACGCAACGUUGAAAAUAAACAUUUUUAUCGAUGGUGCGCGUCCUUUCCUGCAUUUCUGCUCGCAGAAAUUCGCAAUUUGCACAUCGUUGGUCAAUAAAAAUAAUGUACUAUGAUGUUGA